AGAUGCCCCAGUAGUCAUGUCGGAGACCGCUGCCAAUAUACUGACCCCUGCAACGCGCUCCCCUGUAUGAACGGGGGAACAUGCGUCGUGGAAUUCCAGGGUACUGGCGACCCAAUCUUCAGAUGCGAAUGUUCCAUCCAAUGGGGGAACUCUGUGUGUGAGCUUCAGGUCGACAAUGUGUGCCAGAACGAGAACCUUUGUCUGAACCAGGGGCGAUGUAAUCUACUGCCGGACUCGCUGACCGAGUACACAUGCGCAUGUAAAGCUGGCUUUACAGGUGACAAUUGUAGUAUGAUUGAUUACUGUGUGGGUAACUCGUGUCAGAACGGAGCAACGUGUAACACGCACGCCACUGGCUACACAUGCACCUGUACAGAGUUCUACCGCGGUCCGAACUGCACCACUGAUAUCAACGAGUGCACAGAGAACCCACUGCAGUGUAACAACGGCGGAACGUGCAUGAAUCAGAUCGGGACCUUCGUAUGCCGAUGCCCGGUAGACUACACCGGUAGGAGAUGCGAAUCUAUCUUCGUACCGUGCCAGCCGAGCCCGUGCUUACAUGAAGGGAUGUGCAUCCGUCUGUCUGGACAGUAUAACUACGAAUGCUCAUGUCUUGCAGGUUAUACUGGAUACCACUGUCAGACUGAUAUUGAUAAUUGCGUCGACCACGGUUGCUUUCACGGCGGCUGUGUUGAUGGCGUGGACAUGUACACAUGUGAGUGUGACUCCGGAUACACAGGCCAGUACUGCCAAACAGACAUAGAUGAGUGUAGUGAGCAGCAGAAUCUCUGUAUUAACGGAGCUACAUGCCGGAAUGUGGACGGCGAUUACGAAUGUCUGUGCGUGUACGGGUGGGAAGGAAAGAAUUGCCAACUCAACAUCAACUCAUGCCUGCAGAAUCCGUGUCGUAAUGGAGCGACGUGCCAAGAUCUCGACGACAAGUUCAGUUGUGUCUGCGCCACUGGAUAUACUGGGAUAUAUUGCCAUCUUGAAGAUGCCUGCGUCAGUAAUCCCUGCACCCAAACGUCAACGUGUCACACAAACCCUAGCACCGGGGAAGCCGACUGCGAAUGCCCGAGGGGUCUGGAGGGGAGUGACUGCUCCAUCGACUUGGACGAGUGUAUCUACGGUCCUUGUGAGCAGGGAGGAACUUGCGUCAACAUUUUUGGCUCCUACUUGUGCAACUGUCUGCCCGGUUUCAGUGGCACCCGCUGUGAACUCAACAUCAACGAAUGUUCAUCACAUCCGUGUGUCAACGGCGCCACAUGUUUGGACCUGCGAGGGCUGUUCCGAUGCAUCUGUGUCAGAGGUUAUACGGGUCUAUUCUGUGAGGAGGACAUCGACGAGUGUGCCAACAGUCACUGCCUCAACAAUGGGAUCUGCAUCAAUCGGAUCGGUAUGUACGAGUGUCAGUGUCUAGAAGGGUUCCAGGGUGACCACUGCGAGACCAACGUAGACGAGUGCCGGUCGGAUCCGUGCGUCAACGGAGCCACUUGCCACGACGGCAGGAAUGAAUAUUUAUGCAGCUGUCUGCCAGGUUACACUGGCGAUCACUGCGAGAAUGAUGUCGAUGACUGCGACGCUGACACGUGCCUACACGGACGCUGCGUCGAUGGCCUCAACAGUUUCAUCUGUGAUUGCAACGAUGGAUACGAAGGAAGACGUUGUCAGAACCUCAUUGAUGAGUGUCUAGGUCAGCCGUGUCAGAACGGGGGUAGAUGUAUCGGCAUGGUCGGCACACACCAAUGUGUUUGCGUUGCAGGCACAGAAGGAGCCAACUGUGAAGUGAAUGUGUACGAGUGCUCAUCGAAUCCGUGUCAGAACGAGGCCAGAUGCAUUGAUUACAUCAACGGCUAUGAAUGUAGCUGUAUACCCGGCUAUGAAGGGGUACACUGCGAAGUAAACAUCGAUGAAUGUGAAUCAACUCCGUGCGCGAACGGCGGAACAUGCCUCGACGACGUCAAUGGUUUCAUCUGUUCGUGCCUUUCUGGAUAUCACGGUCCGCACUGCUUAUCGGGUAUCAACGAAUGCGAGAGCAACCCGUGUGAAAACGGCGGUACGUGCCAAGAUGGCGUCAACGAAUACGAGUGCGAAUGUCCGAGAGGGUACGGUGGCACUCGCUGCAACACCGACAUCGACGAGUGUAGUUCCAAUCCGUGUCAGCACAGUGGACGAUGUACCAGCGGAUUGGACUCCUUCACGUGUGAAUGUCAAGUGGGUUACACCGGUCCCAAUUGCGAGAUCAACAUCGACGAUUGCGUUGAGAAUGCAUGUCAUAAUAACGGGACUUGUAUCGACCACGUGAACUCGUACAAGUGUGUGUGUAUCCCGCCGUAUACCGGUGAGAUAUGCGACGACAUAGUUCAGCCGUGUGAGAACCAUCUCUGCGAGAAUGGAGCUACGUGUGUUGUGUAUCCGAAUUAUGGUGGUUACCGGUGCAAGUGUGCAAGUGGCUAUACUGGUGAAUACUGCAAUCGUGACAUCAACGAAUGUGAAUAUCCACCGUGUCAUAACGGAGCUCAAUGUAAUAAUACCUUUGGCUCUUAUGAAUGUAUCUGUCGACCGGGCUAUGGUGGGAAAGACUGCUUCCUGAACAUUAACGAAUGUGCAUCAGCACCUUGUCACAACGGAGCAGUCUGUUUUGACGAGAACAACGAUUACACCUGCGAUUGCGCAGCGGGGUUCGCCGGCAAGAAUUGCGGGACCGAGAUCAACGAGUGCGAAUCGAACCCGUGCCAGAACGGAGCAACGUGUCAUGACUACGUGGAUAGUUUUACAUGUGCCUGUGAGGUCGGAUUCAGCGGAGUGUUCUGCCAGACUAAUGAUAUGGACUGCACAGACAGUUCGUGUUUGUAUGGAGGUACAUGCAUCGAUGGACUCAACGAAUACACCUGUCGCUGCCCUCCAGCCUAUACCGGGCCUAACUGCCAGUACCAGGUGGAUGAAUGUAGUUCUAAUCCAUGCCUAAACGGCGCUACAUGUGUUGAUCAUAAUGGAUACUAUACGUGCAACUGUGUACUGGGUUACGUAGGAGAGAACUGUGGGGGAUGGAUCGAUUGGUGUAGUGAAGACAACAAUCCUUGUUUUAACGGCUCAACGUGCUCACAGAAUGAUAAUGGGUAUUCCUGUGAGUGUAGAUCAGGGUGGACUGGGUCUCUGUGUGACGUCCAUCAGGUCUCUUGCGAAUUGGCUGCCGCUGAUAAAGGUAUACAUGUUGAGAACCUGUGUCUGCAUAACGGAACGUGCCAUCCUCAGGGAGCCAGCCAUGUUUGUCAAUGUAUUCCGGGGUACCAGGGAAGUUACUGCGAGAUUAAUAUAUACGAGUGUGCGUCGGCUCCCUGCCUGAAUGGUGGCACAUGUCAUGACGAGAUAAACCAAUACAGGUGUUCGUGUGUACCUGGUUUUGCCGGACCCAACUGCGAGAUAAACAUUGACGAAUGCCAGAGUUUUCCCUGCAUGAAUGGUGGGGUCUGCCACGACCUCAUUAAUAUGUACAGCUGCUCAUGUCACGCUGGCAGUGAAGGUGUUAACUGUGAGGUUAACUUGAAUGAUUGCUUCGAUGGGGCGUGCUUCCAGAACGGCACAUGUAGAGACCUCGUGGGUACAUUCAUCUGUGACUGUCCGCCGGGCUUCGUUGGUCAGCGGUGCGAAGGAGACAUUAAUGAAUGUCUAGACGAUCCGUGUAACCCGAAUGGAACGUUGGAUUGUAUGCAGAAGAGUAACGACUACGAAUGUGUCUGUAAACUGGGAUACGAAGGGCGUAACUGCGAGAUUGAAGUACAUCACUGUGAAGAUAACCCGUGUCGGAACGGGGGCACUUGUACACCAACACGUGCUGGUGUAACAUGCCAGUGCACAGAGGAUUUCAAAGGUCUGACUUGCAUGGAACCAGUGACGAUGUGUGACAUUAAUCCAUGCCAGAACGCUGGUACUUGUCACGUUACCGAUGACAACGAAGCCGGCUUUAUGUGUUCCUGUCCACCUGACAUGACCGGAUUCAAUUGCGAGACUUACGAUCCGUGUGACUCGGCGCCGUGUCAUCACGACGGGACAUGUAUAAAGCUAUUCGAGACGUUCGCCUGCCAGUGCCCGCCAACAUGGAACGGACUUCGGUGUCAAACGUACGAUCGGGAUUUCUUCGGUGGAAUUGGUUCGGACCCGAUUAUUCAGAUUCCAUCGACCGUCCGACCUGUGACGACGUCGAGAGUUGUCGUAGUCGAAACUACGACCGUCAAGCCUACUACUACAGAAUCACCCUACAUCGGGAUAUAUUGCCCUAGAGAGUGCACAGACAAGAGCGGAGACGGCAUCUGUAAUGCGGAAUGCAACAUUGAUGUAUGUGACUGGGACGGUACAGACUGCUCCUUAGGUGUUGAUCCGUGGGAGAGCUGUCCAGUGACUUCAGUCAAGUGUUCUCAGCUCUACAAUAACGGCCAGUGCGAUCAGAUCUGCAACAGGAAAGAGUGUCUGUUUGAUGCGUUUGACUGCGAGAACACACUGCCUCCUUGCAACCCUGUGUAUAACGCCUACUGUCUGGAGAACUACGCAAAUGACGCCUGCGACGGUGGAUGCAACACCGCGGAGUGUCUCCACGACGGACUCGACUGCAACGAGAACGCUCCGAAGUUCGCCAAGGGCGUCUUGAUCAUCAUUGUCCUCAUCCCCGUCGAGCAGAUGCGAACGGACAACGUGAGCAAGACGUUCCUGAGGGAGGUCGGACACAUCCUGCGUACGGUCGUCGUGUACGUGAAAGACGAGAACGGCAACAAUCGCAUAGAGGAGUGGAGCUCUAGUGAGUCCGGUGAUGUGGGGAUCUUCAAUCGAUUCAAACGCCAGGCGUUGUACUUGUCGAUGUCUGACGAUCAUAAACCGAUUCUGUCGCGCAACCGGAGAGCAGGGAUGUUGAGUGGGUCGAUAAACUAUCUGCACAUUGACAAUCGAGAGUGCGUCUCAGACGGACAUACAUGCUUUGAUAAUACCGGGGAUGCUGCGUCCUUAUUGGCAGCUGAGGCAUCACAAGGACGUGGUCCCAAAGAUUUCCCCAUUCAUGCUGUCGGAAGUGAGCCCGAUCAGCCCGGUUCCGGUAAUGGCUACUACAUCGUGCCGGCCGUGGCGAUCAUCGGGGUCAUGAUCGUCCUCUCGGCGCUGGUCAUCGGCCGCAAACGUCUCCGCUCCGAGGGCAUCUGGUUUCCGGAAGACUUCAAAUGGCGCAAGACGAGCACCGGUCGGGGCGUCCCGCAGCGCCACGGUCCACAGGGGCGGGAGGAAACGCCCGGGGCUAUGGUCGACGGUCAGAUUAUGGUGACGAUAUCGGGAGCGGCGGGCGAUAAUAACGACAGCGACGCUCGGGACGCUCUAGAUUGGGACCGAAGCCAGACAAGAUGUCACGCUAUCCAAGACCAACAAAGGCCAUUGACAAGGCGGCAUCUGAGCCCUCACACUGACAACUCUUUCACAAUACCAGACUUCCCUGAGAAUGACGAUUGGAAUAACAUACACACCGGCACGGUCACACCACCUCAUCAGACUGGAGACGCUGAAGGAGUGGAUGACCCAGGUCAAGAUGGUAUGACCCCGUUGAUGUGCGCCGUAAUCAGUUGCAACAACGACCGGGACAGCGACGGGGAAGAAUGCUCGACCAACACGAUCGAGGAACUCAUCGCUCAAGGAGCCAAGGUCAACGCUAAGAGCGACCGUCUUGAAGAGACGGCUCUCCAUCUCGCGGCUCGGUUCUUACACGCCGCGGCGGCCAAGAAGCUGCUGGAGCACGGGACCAACGCUAACGCGCAGGACAAGUCGGGGCGUACUCCGCUGCAUACGGCGGUCGGAUCGGAUGCUAUUGAUGUGUUUAGGAUCUUGAUCAUGCACCGAGCUACAAACGUCGACGCCAAAGACCACCGAGGCAUCACCCCGAUGAUGAUGGCUGCAAGGCUGAGCAGUAUUAAUAUUAUAGAAGAACUGAUCGAGGCUAAUGCUGACAUUAACGCCGCCGACAAAGAAGGAAAAUCUGCGUUACAUUGGGCCGCGCAGGUCAAUUACGUAGAAGUGGUGAAAUUACUGCUGGAGAGGAAAGCUAACAAAGAUAUGCAAGACAAUAAGGAGCAAACACCGUUAUUCCUAGCCUGUAAGGAGGGUCACGUCUCUACAGUACGAGUCUUAUUAGACCACUACGCCAAUCGGGAAAUAACGGACCAUCUGGACCAAUCGCCUCGUGACAUGGCUAGCGAGAACCUCCAUCGAGAUGUCUUGAAGCUCCUGGAUACUUACAAGGUCGUGCCGAGCCCGAGUGCCACUCUGCCGACGGUAUCGAGCCCAGCGAGCAUGGGCAAUGGAGACAUCGGUCUUGUCAACGGCUACGGACAUCCCGGCUCAAAGCCAAGUGCAAAGAAGAAGGCGAAUCGCUCCAAGUCCACGGGACACCAUCAUAUUCCAAAUGGGGACGUCGCGUCGGGAGGGCACGAGAAAGUUGAGAAGAAGCCACGCUCGCGGAAAAAGAGGAAUUCCACCGACGCCCCGACGUCUGCGUCACUGUCGCCGGCAGGUUCUUUGGAAUCGCCGCGCGGUUAUGAAAGAACUUCUCCGCCGUAUUUGUACCAAGGCCAGCCCUCGGCGGGCGGCAUGGUUGAUCCCACAGACUUGCAUUUCCAUGGGAUGACAAACGGCAUGCAUAAUGGUAUUCAUCCUCACGCGCCGCGGUACGUUGAGGGCGCUACAGCCAUGAACGGCGCUCCGCAUAUGAGUCACAGUAUGCAGAGCUUGAACCGUAAGACUGUGGUCCCAAACGGGGAGAUUGGGUCGAACAUUGGGGCUGGAGCCGUCGCGGUGGCAUGUCAGCCGGAUCACCAGUGGGGCAAUGCCAACAAUCAUACCCACUCGCAGCAGAAUCACAGACCAAGAGAGCAAGGCCAACAGGGUAUGGUCCCCCAGCAGCAAGGGACUUGCGCUUCGUCUACAAGUCUACCUCCUCUCCUCCAGCAACACAGUCUGUCAAACGGUCUCGCCCCUGCAGCCGCAGUCUCGGUGUCUAGUCCGCCGUCUGCGCAGUACACGUUAUCACCGGCGAAGGGCUACCCAAGCCAACCCCUCGUAAAUCAUAACCACAUGAGGCAUCAUAACCUCCACAUGCCCAGGCAUCAUUCACAGUACGGUAACGCCAACGGCGAGGUGCACAUGAACGGACACAUGAAAUCCCCGAUCCAUCGGGCGCACGACCGCACCCAGCAGAACAUGCGCAAGCAAACUCAGCCACACCCGACUCACAUUAUUCAGACGCAUCUGCCGAACCCGACGGUGGUGAGUAUCAUGUCGGACAAGUACCCAACUCCACCCUCCCAGCACAGCCAGGGCGGGUCGCCCUGCGGCGGGGAGAACACGCCCCACAUGACCGCAAUGAGCUUUCCGGAGACCUACCUAACCCCGUCGCCGGAGUCACCCGGUCAGUGGUCCAGCUCCUCCCCGCACUCCUCGGCGCAUUCUGACUGGUCGGGAUCGGAGGGGAUUUCCAGUCCACCUGGACACACCCAGGAUCCGUUAUCGAUGCAGUUCAGCCAAACUCAACAGGUUUAUAUCUAAAGAUUUAAUCACGGGAAGAGAAAACUGUAUUCUUGAUAAACCGCUGCUUGAAAAUUGUAAGUAAAUUGGUAAAUUGCAAGGGGAAGAAACUAAAACCCGAAGGCUGUUCCCAUUGGACUUUCUAGCAGCCCUGUUAAGUUACAGUGGCUGCAGGGAAAGUCUUCCGCAACCUUUUUCGGCCUGUUAGUUUUACAUCACGGUCGCAGUUAGUCGAUAGGGAGGGCAGUUUACCAUGGGUCUCCAUUAGAUUUAAUUUUGUCAUUCUACAGAAAAGUCGCGGUAUUUUAACAAAAUUAAGUACGAUGGGAACACCGCUUUAGACUGUUAAUCGAUCAUGAAAUCCUUCUGAGUUCUAGUUGUUAUUUCAACCUGCAUUCAAAAGGUUGAUAUUACUAAAAAGUAUUAUUGUUAAUAGAUUAAAAAAAAUGAAGACAAAAUAUUUUUUUAAAUUCGUACUUUUUUCCAUCGCCUUACUGUGGCCGGUUCACAAACUCAAAUCAUGUAUUAAACAAAUUCCAAGUUAAUUCUGAUGAUUUUUUUUUUUUUUUUAAUUGUGAAUAAUAUUUACAUAUUUUCCAAAAGUUAACGGCACCAAAAGAAAAUCAGAUCAGUAAAAAAAAAAACUUGAGAAGUUUAGAAUCAAUUUUUUUUUUUUAAAGGAAAGGAAAAGGAGAAAUUGUGACAUUUUGAAGCAUUCCUUAAAAUCUAUCUUUGAUAACCUUUCAAUGUAAUUUUAAUGCAGCUACUUAUUUAUGAAAACAACAAAUACUUAAAUCAUGACUAGGAUUGGACCAAAAACCUAUAAUUCUGAAGUUAAUUAUACAGUUUUAAAACCCUUUACGAAUGUUUACAAAUGAAAAUUAGGAUUAUUUUUGAUAUGGGGAAAUUAGUGGUAGAAUCAUGACUAAAAAUGGCAUUUCUUUCUUUUUUUAUAUAUUUUGUGUUAUAUAUUGUAUUAAUUAUGUAUGCUUGAGGAGGAAAAUUGCUGAUUUUUUUGUUAUCUUUUUCUUUUGUAAGCACCCUUUGUAACCAGCAACAAGUCAUUGUAUUCGUUUGCAUAAUUAUUUAUAGUCUAGGCAAGUUGUAGAUCUUUUUUUCAUGUACAGUGGUGUUUUUCUAACACUAGAGGACGCACUAUAAUAUCUUUAAAGAAGUACAAAAUGGCACAAUUUUUGUCAAGACACCAUGUAUACAAGUUUAAACUCCCCUUUGCACCCGUUUGUAAAAAUGUUUACGUUUGCCAACUCUUGCAUUAUAAAACUGCACUUGUGAGAAAAAUUUUAAGCAGUAAGCAAAAAAUAAGCAGUGCUGUAAAUAUUUUGAGAUGAAGAAGUUACGUUUUUCCCCCUUUAUGCAUGAAAAGUUGUUGGCAAAUUAAGAAGUACUUAAUAUUCAUUGACGUGUAUUUAAGUGUAAGAGUCCACUGUGGAAAGUUUUGCUCAGAAAUAUUAUUCUGUCAAUCAUCAAAAUAAUCACACUAUUUGUCCCUUCACAAAGUUAAACCUUUUUAUACCCAUACUAAAAAUAUAAUUUUUUAAAACAAGUGCAUGGUUUUGCUACAACUUUUUAAGGCACAUAUUUAUACAGUUCAAAUCAUGAGAAAAAAAAAAAGGAACAGUUUUGGAUCCCCUGUAGAUUUUGAUCAUGAUGAAAAAUUCUCAAAUUAAACGAAACGAUUUUUUCUCCCCCCACAUUUUUUAGACCCUCAAAAUUGCCAUGUAAAGUUAACGUUCUUAAAAAUGUAAAAAAUUUAGUGUACAAAUUAUGUGCCCUAUAGAUGGUGUUAUUUCAUGCGGUAACACAGUUUGUAAAUCCUGAUUUAAAACAACAUUAUGUAAUUAGAUUUAAAGGUGUUUUUUUUUCCUUCCAACUUACAGGUGUUUUUUUUUUUGUCUACCUGAUAUUGGAUUAUAAUGUGUUAAUUAAAUUUCUGAUUAUGUUGAAACUAUAAUGUAUAAGUUUUGUUACAAGUUUAGAGUUGAUUUUUUAAAAAGCAUAUUUAGUAUUUAGGAAUUUUAUGUAUCCGGUUUAUUAUAAUAUUGCACUGUAUUGUUGGGCCAGAUACCAUAAGCCACUUUUGUACUUAAGCAACAUAGAAAGCACUGCCUACAACUAUAUUAAAUAGAGCCUAUUGAUCUUAAAGUGGUAUUAGUGUUCAAAGUUUAUGUUAGAUUUCUUUAAGUUGUUUACUUUCAAAGAUGCUCAUCGUUGCGUAUUGAAAUGUGUACUUCGCAACUCAAAAGGUACACAUUUUAAUCAAAUAUGUUUUAUAAGGUGUCCUUAUUCAAAUAGAACAUUGUACUUAAUGCAAAGAAUCUUGGAAAUAUUCAAUGAAACGCAUGGUUUGGAAGAAUUGGCAGAAGCCAUUACUUUUCUGAGUUAUAGAUUUGUGGAUUCUUUGAUGCAUUUUCGCAGUCGUAACCAAGACUGUUUCUGUUGAAUUAGCCAUUGGUUAAAGGAUUUGGGUACUUUUUGUACCCCAAACGCAAUGUCCACAGAUUUACAUUAAACUUACGCUGUU